CUCAUUGCAUUGCAAAGUAAACUUCGAUCUAUUUAACUUCCUAUGUUUUUUUUGUGGAUUGUUGGAGACAUGUUCACCACGUGCCUGCAAUCGUUUAACUAUGGUCUCUCGCUUUAUCUCAGGGGGUACACCAUCAACAACAAACACUGGACGGACACCAAGACUCGCCAAGUACAAAGUGCGAAAGAAAACGUUGCGUAAAUAUGGUUUCAGCUGAUCUUUUAAACCUUUGGUUCCCUGAGCUUCGCAUAUCCAGAGACUUAGGUCAAUACACAAUGUCUUAUCACGAAGGUUCGCAAUAUUUUCUUCUGUUUUUGACGGUUCUAAAAUGCUCCAUAAAUGUUGAACACCCAUGUUCUUUCAAAAUUUUUACUAUUAAAAGUAUAAAAUUAUAAAUGUUUUGAAUUUCCUGCCUUCCUGUGUUUCCACAAUGGUUUGCGCUAAGAAACCUUUGGAAAACAGAAACUUUGCAAUACCACUAGACAAGCACUAGUCUACUGUCUACAGACAGUUUGGCAAUCAUACACAUUGAUACACUGUCUGUCAAAUAUAUAUUUUAUUUUUUCACCAAAUGAAGCUGACAAACCCCAAUUUUUGUUUCCAAAUUCCAUAUACUUAUGGAAGCAAAUGGAAGCACAGAUGACACUAUCACGUGAAUAGAUUUCAACAUUCCAGCAGGACCUAAAAUUUUCGCUGUAAAUAAUUUCUUCGAAAACUGAAAUUUAUGUUUGCACGGACGUCUCCGUUUCAACAGCAAAGAAGUAUUUUAUGUUGAAGAAUCUACUUGUUGUCCGGUUUGAUGAUGUACCGAUUUGACUCUGCGAACAUAUUCACCGCCAUAUUGUUGCUGAAUUUGUACCGACUGGCACAUUCGUUGUCAUCCGCUGCAGGAAAAGACGCCUUGCUUUUUGGCUCCAGUGCCAAAACGAAAACCCAUUGCAACUGUUCCUUAUUUGCCGGUAAUGCAACCGUUCAUUUUGAUUCGGAUGACAUUGCUGUAUCUUUUACAGUCACUAUAAAGAACAGUCACAACAGCACACAGCCUGGGGAAAAAAGACGGUUUGUUCUUGUGCGCCAUUUGCGAGCCAACUUCUUACUGGCACUUCCUGAUGACAGUGAAAUAUUAUCACUGACCACACUACAACAUUCUGUACAAACCGCCAGCAUUCAAAUGUACCCAGUGAAUGAUAGCAAGUGUUUUAAUCGUCUUAAAGUUAAACCAUUGUGCCAAGAUAUGGUGAUAGUAGCUGCAUUUUACAACACUCAUAAGUUCCAUGUGGCACCAGGUCAGCCAGUCUGUUUUCCACCAUUGGAACAAAAGAACAAGACUGAAGAUAGUGACGUUGUGCAUAGAUGCUGUACAUGGGAACCAGACUCAAACUCUGGUUUUGUCAACUGUACACAAGUAAUAUAUCCUAAUACUUGGGUUGCCUAUGCCAUUAUUGCUGUACAAGUUGGAAGUGCUAUACUGUUCAUAUUGACUCCACUGUUAUUUAAAUACCUGCCAACUAGAGAUACCCAAAUAGUACGACGAUCAAGGGCUACUGGACCAAAACGUCUUGGUUAUUCAAACUAUUUGGCCACACCUGUUGACUCAGUCACUACAAACAGAAAGCUCCUCACCCUUGUUGAACCAUUGUCAUUUAUAACAUGUGGGGGAGAUGAGGCACAAGCGUGUUACUCUAGACUUUGUCGAGUCACUGGGUUGUUGAUAUUUCCUUUAAUAUUUUGUAUUUUUGUUUUGGUGUUUUUUUUAAACAACAAUAACACAACAAUUAGGACCAAUAUUUCCUACUAUACUGGUUUGGUAGGUUUUCUUAAGCAGCCAGUAGAAUAUUAUGUCUUUGCUAUUGUCUUGUUUUGCAUUCUUUUACUUGGUGUAUUAGUGCUUAUCCCAGGCCGUUUGUCUGGAUUGGGAAAAGCUUUAUCUGGUCGAAAGGAUGAGAGAACCUUUCUUGGUUUCCCAAAACGUGAGCAGUUUAUCAACCAUCACUCAGGAAAGACUGGUUUUCAGUUCAUGCAAUCAAAUAUGGUAUUUCACUUGAAAUGUUGUUUUGAUUUUGGUUUUUGGCUUUUUAUUUUGGAAAUCAUCUUUGCACCAUGUGCAUGGUUGCUAUUGUCUUGCUGUUGCCCUGCUAGUGAUAGUACACCAGAGCAACCAGAAGAUGCUGAACAAGAUUAUGAAGUUCCAAAACUUUGUCAAGUUUUAGGAUUUCUCUUUCUUCCAGUUAUCUUGGCUCUGUGGAUACCCUUUGUUCUUUUCUGCCUUGUAGUUUAUGUAACACCCAUUGGAUAUGUUGCUUUCCGGAUUUGCCGCCUGCUUUAUAGUCAGGAUAUACCUGUGAAGUGUGAUUGUUGUGAACGGCUUCCGUUUUGCAUUCGGUUACUUCUUGUUUCGUUUCUGUAUUGUAUGUUCCUAUUAUUCUGUACUUCUGUUUUGGGUUCUUAUAUAUUCUUGACUUUGAUGUUUGGAGUCUUCUUUUAUAUCCUUGGGAAGGUAUUUCUUUACACAUUGAUUGGUCUCAGUUUCAAUGUUGAGUUUUUUAUUCCUUACACCGUUGCUGCCUUUUUUGUUGUUUUGUACAUUUGGAGGGCAUUUUCUCACUACUUCUCUGUUUAUGAGAACUUGCGCAUUGUUCUUUUUGAGGAGUGUGAAAAAUAUGAGCAACAGGAGCCAAUGAAUAUUCAACAAACUUCAAGUCCUAGUGAUAGCACUGGUAGUGUAUCAUCCCAAACUGCUGGUCCUGGAUUACUGCUGUUGGAUAACAACAAUACCCCUUCAAUUCCACUCAGUCUUUAUGUUGCUGUAUACCGUCGACUCAGGCCACGUGGAAAAACAUUUGUCUCGAUUGUGAUUAACUUGCUGUUGACAUUGGUUUAUCUUUCCAUAGCGUUUGCAGCCAUCAUGUCUCUGAAUGGUGCAGAAGACACAUCAACAUAUGUACAAGCUGUCUUCUUGUGUGCAACGUUUCCUCUCCCUUUGGUGUUGUUCCAUGGCAGUUCCUCCCAUGCAAAACGAAGAAGAAAAAACCUUGAGUACCAAGUGAGGUUUAUCAUACAUAGGUAUGUGUCAAAGUUGGGAAGUAGUCAUGAGAUUGACUCCACAGUUGAGGCUCCAGGAAAUGUUGAAUUCAUUCAGCCAACUAAUGACAUGUUUGAAAUAUGAUUUUAUGUUAUACAUGCCACUUCAGGAUCAUGACAUAGGCAUGGCCUCAAGAACUUUUACCAACUCGUUGGCUAAAAAUCGUACAUUUAAUUAUUACUUAAUAAACUUUCUAUAAAAAUAAUAGAGUCGGAGUAACGUCUGAUUUGACAAAGCAGAGCGAUUUUCAAUCGUCAUGUAUGCAGGGAUGUUUCUAACCGUAUUUUAAUGUGGGGGUUGUAGGUGAAAUUUUGCCAAGUCAUCUUAGCCACUAAGUAAACCGAUGAACAUAAAAAAUUGUUUCUGGGCAUUAUAUUUAAUUCAUUUUCUUUUUGGUUAACGUACCGUUAUUCGUUUAAUUUUUCCGUAAUGUUUUCGUAAAUUUCUCCAAAUUGUAGCUAUCAUCAUUAGUUUUUUAUCAGUGUCACUCAUUUAACGCGCUACAAAUCUUGGACUUUGAAAAACAAAAUAUUAAUUAGGAGAAAAGUUAUUUUUACUAGUGAAAACUUUACCAUCGCACUGCCUUGCCGAAUCGCGUCCUGUGUUUUUGGUCCUUGAAAAGUAUUGAGUCUAUUGUCGACUAUUGUGUAUUACACAAAUAUUACAUUAUUCUAAAAUAAAUAAACAUUUAUUGGAAAUAAUCUUAUGAUAUGGUAUAAUAACAUAUAUUUUGCAGUUUUCCAUUAUUUAGUAUGUCGCUAUUAACUUCUCUGUCGAGAUACAUUUCUGAGGUUUGUUGGACAAUUGUAUAACAUCGAACUGUAUCAUUCACCGUAAAAGUUGUAAUAUCUUUCAUAUUUUUUGGCAAGGUUUGUCAGGCAUGAUUCCAUUUGCCAAAUAUUACGCAACGCGAACUUAGCAAGUUCUAAAAUUGUUAGAUGACUUAAAAAAUACUCAAUGUCCAAUGAACUGAGACGGCAAAAUAUUGUGAUGACAGUUAUGUGGAUAACAAGCAAACCUCAAUAUCUCGCGAAUAAAAAGAAAUAUCGAGAAAUCAUGCUGCUGUUCUAACAGUAACAAUUUUUAAUUAAACAUCUUUCAAAUACUAUUUGAAAAAAAAUGUGUCAUAAUAUUUACUCUUAGUUUCAUGUUUGAUAGCUUCAUGCUAAUUAAACUGCAAAUUCGAAUUUUACCGUUGACGUUUUAUUUUUGCUCCUGUGUAUUUUGCUCUAACUUUCUAGUUUGUUAUCACUGCAAACGCAUGAGUACUGUCUGUAUAUAAAAUAAUAUUAGAGCAGUAAUUGAAAAAUUGAAUAUUCGAACAACUGAUUAAUACAGUAAUAGUAUGACAAAUGUAAUCCAAACUUCAAGUUUGUGAAACUGAAUUGUUUUUGUAAAAUUAAGACGUUGUUUAAUUAA